AUGAUCAUACGGGGGGUUUUGAAGGUUCUCGACGAGGUUUUACCCUUCUCGUCGUUGUCGUCGAAGGAAGUUGAUUUCAGGUCACUGUCAAGACAGGAUAUUCAACUUCUGGUGGGUUAUGGCUGCCCAAGUACAGACAAGAAAGUGGUUUUCUCUGCAAAGUUAUUGAGAAAGCAUGUCCACCUUGAUGAAGGAGAUGUCUGUAGUUCCUGCAGUUUAAGGACAUCAUGUGAGAAAGGAUAUCUGCUAACAAAUAAAGAGGAUGAGGCACGCACAAUUGACGUCAUGCGUGUCCUGCUGACAUAUGGUUUUGAUCCAUUGGAUGGAUCUUUGGUCAAUAAAUCUGUUCUAAAACAAAAAUCGGUUAAGAAUGUAGUCCGCAAGUUGCUUCAUGAGGUAGUUAAGCUGAGUUCUGUUCCAAUAGAUCCAAAUCUUCCGCCUCCAGUGAUAAAGAAGCCUCCACCAAAAGUGAAGCAACCUCCUCCCCCUCCAAAGAAACGGGUAGGACGUGAUGAUGUUGAGAUGAAGAAAGGUGAUUGGUUAUGUCCCAAGUGUGAUUUCAUGAAUUUUGCGAAAAACACAGUUUGCCUACAAUGUGACGCUAAACGGCCAAAGAGACAGCUUCUUCCAGGAGAAUGGGAAUGCCCCGAAUGCAACUUCUUAAACUAUCGGAGAAAUGUGACAUGUUUCCAUUGUGACUGCAAACGGCCACCUGAUGAAUUAGUAGAAACUAAAACAUUAGAAAAGCAGCAUGGGCUCAAUAUGGGGUUGAAGAAGGUUGGCAGCAGGCACGAGGUUUCUAAUGCCUGGAAUUUUGACUUCGAUGAUAAUGAAUCAGAUGGGGCAGAUGUUGCUGCUUUCGAGUAUGCAGAUUCUUCUGUGAUGGGUGAAGAUAUUCCUUUGGACAGUAAAGCUCGUCAGACAAAUUUUAAAGGACCUGAAGAUGAAUUCAGUGGGGCUAAAGGAGUUCCAAGAUCCAGCAGAAGAGAAUACGCUGCUCCUGACCAUGGUAGGCCAGGCACGGGGUUUGACGAUUUUGAUGAAGAUGACGUUGACAGCUAUGAGAUUGACACUCAGAAACAACCAGUCAGGAAGUUUUCUUCUAAUGAUUUUUCUGAAGUUGAAGGAUUUUCUGAAUCAGAAGACAGUGAAAUGUCCAAUAGCAAUUCAUUUGCUCAUCGCAGGACCCCAUCUUCAAAUAAGACAACUAAAUAUGUGCAGCGAAGACAAGCUUUCUCUGGCUCAGAAAAUGAUGAAUUGAGCUCUGAUUCAGAUGAAGAGAUUUCUGUUCACCCCAACUGGAAAUCCAGUCAUAUUGCUGAUUCUAGACAUAGAGAUAGAGGAAGAGGUCCUAAGAGGGGAUUGAGCUUUGGCUCGGAUGAAGAACUUGGAGUUGACUCGGAUAUAGAUGAUAAUCUUGGUAGGGAUUUUGGUGACAGACAAAGAAAAGGCAGAGGGAAUUUUAAGAGUACAAGAAGUUCAGGUUCUUUCAGUGGUUCAGUAUCAGACAGUGACGAUGACCUACAUUCUUGGAGAAAUAAGUCAGCUGGAAAUAAAGUACGAAACCGCGGGAAAGGAAAGAGUUUUAAUGAUGGGGGCUUUGGUAGGAUUACGCAGGCUAGAUCCAAAGGGAGAACUAACACCAGAAGGAUCCACUGGAUGAUGAUUACGAUGCAGUAUCUCGGGGGUCUGGGGUAAUAAAGAGAGGGAUUUCAACAGAAUGACUCUGGUAGGUGGAGAACAAGUGACAGGAGUCGUGAGCAGCAGAGUUUCAACAGACCUAAACGAGAAAAGAUUUGGAAAAUCAACAGCGUAGAAGGUCUACUGAUUAUGGCAAGGAUACAGAUUACGGAGAAUUUAGAAACAGUAGACGUGUAAU